ACUUUUAUUGAAUAGGUUCUAUUGACUAAAAUAUUUUGCUACAUUGCAAAGGCUCUAGACGAAUAAGAUGCUUUUUUAUUUUUAAAAACUUCUUGGCGUUCAUAUUUUGAUGAAAAAUGUAAAUACCUGAAACUAAAGAUAAGCUAAAGAUUCACUUUAGGGUAGAGAUGACUAUGAAGCCAUUGUUAAAACAAAAAGUGGAUGAACUGUUUCUUCACUGGUUUUCUGAAGUUUCAACUCAAAGCCUUCUUAGAAAAGAGUUACAAAUUAUACAGUUAAAUUCACUUUCUACUUCUAUAAAAGCUUCAUCGCCAAUAAAUAAUUCAAUAACUGGAUUGAAUUUAAAUAAUAGACCUAGUUCACCCCCAAUCCCUCCAAACAGCCCUACCUUAACACCAAGAAGAUCAAGAAGUAAGCUUAAUUCUCAUAUUUCAGCAUGUCCUAGAAAGAGUUUGCUAAAAAGUUUUCAUGAUCAAACUGGAUUUUAUCCUGGCUGUGCCAAAAAUUUAAAGCAGUUUUUUUAUCCAUUUGGUCAACCACAAUUGAAUGAAAGUAAUGCUUUGACUUUAAAAAAAUUAAAUAUUGCAUUUGAUAAAUUUUCAAACAAUGAAGCCUAUCUACGCGAUUUUCCGACUUUAACUAAAUUGUGUGGUUAUCCACUUUACUGGAAGUAUGCACUUUUUUCUGCUUGCGGAGGAAAGAAAGAUUUGCCAAUCACUCGAAACAAGUUUAUUGCAACAUGGAAAAAAAUCCAGCACUCUUAUCAUGAUGAUGCUUCAAGAUUUUAUCAUAUGCUAGCUAAAAAUAGUGAACUUGGGCUUCAGAAAACAGAUUUUGAAGGUCUUUUACAGGAUAUAAUUAACACUCAUCCCGGUCUUCAAUUUCUACAAGAAGCACCAGAAUUUCAUUCCAGAUAUAUUACAACUGUUAUUGCAAGAAUCUUUUAUAUUUUAAAUCGAUCAUAUAGUGGAAGUAUUACACUAGUUGAAUUGCGGAGAAGCAAUUUUUUAUUGGCAUUAAAACGUAUUGAAGAAGAAGAAGAUAUAAAUCUGGUGAUUGAUUAUUUUUCUUAUGAGCAUUUUUAUGUCAUAUAUUGUAAAUUUUGGGAGCUUGACACUGAUCAUGAUAUGUUAAUCAAUAAACAAGAUCUUUCUAAGUACUCAAAUGGAGUAAUUUCAAAAAAGAUGAUUAAUCGUUUAUUUGAUGGUGGCGUUACAAGGAAUUGCAUAAAAGAUGGGAAAAUGACUUAUGAAGGUUUUGUUUGGUUUAUUCUUUCGGAGGUAGAUAAGAAUACACAAAGUGGAAUAGAAUAUUGGUUCAGAUGUAUGGAUUUGGAUGGAGACGGCAUUAUUUCCAUUUAUGAAAUGGAGCAUUUUUAUCAGGACCAACUUAUCAAAAUGUCAGAUAUGGGAAUAGAAGCUUUAAGUUUUAAUGACUGCUUAUGUCAGAUUUUGGAUUUAGUAAAACCAGAAAAAGAUUCUAUGAUUACUCUUCGUGACAUUAAAAAAUGCAAGCUUGCAUCAGUUUUUUACAAUACUUUUUUUAAUUUUAAUAAAUGGUUGGAGCAUGAACAAAAAGAUCCAAUUCAACUAUCGAAAAUUGCUGGACAAAGUGAUAGUGUUUGGGAUCAGUAUGUUAUUACAGAAUAUGAGUUGUUAGUCGCUGAAGAAGGUAUCGCGCAGAAUGAAAAUGAUGACGAAGAAGAGCGCGACGAAGAAGAGCGCGAUGACGUCUUUUACCAAACAAAUAAUUCGUUUGAUGAUUAUGUUGGAGCUAGUUUCAACUUAAUGGCAAUGGUAACUAAUAAUCGGGAUAGUGCAUUUUAGCUUUCGUCUGAUAAAUUUGUGUAUAUAUUUAUAUUAUACUUUUUUUAUUGAUAUAAAUUUCUACUUCAA